AUGGACAAUUGGAAGAAAAUAUCGUUUUUGGUUGGUGUGUUUGCAUUCGCUAGAGAAUUCCGACCUAUCGAACCAUUUUAUGCUGCAUACAUGACUAGUCCUUACAUUAAUUGUACAGUCGAACAGGUACCAACAGAGUUGUAUUCGGUUGGAUCAUAUUCUAUGUUUGUGUUGAUCAUAAUCAUAUUUUUGGUCACGGAUUAUGUCAAAUAUAAACCUGUACUAAUUGUCGAUGGAAUUGGUGGAGUAUUUCAUUAUACUGCCAUAGCAAAUAGUCCUUCAAAACUCAGAAUACAGUUUGGACAGGCGUUCUAUGGGUUCUUUUUUUCCGCUGAAGUGGCUUUAUUUGGAUACUUAUACGCGAUGGUAGAAGAAAAAGAAUUUUAUCAAAAAAUAACUGGUCACGCAAGAGCUGCAACAUUGACAGGAAAAUUUUUUUCAUCAUGUUUGUCACAAAUUUUAGCCAUCACUUAUGGAACUCCUCCGUACAACGCGCUCGUGUAUAUGUCUAUUUUCGGAAUGUCAUUUACAACCGUAUGGGCAAUUUUCUUACCAAAAGUCAAGUAUAGUCUUUACUUCCCCAAUAAGAAAAAAGUCGAUGAAACGUCGAUGGGACAAUCCACCGUCACUGUCUACAACCCACAAAAAUAUAAAGAUUCACAGCUGAGCAUUGAAGCAGCUUCCAAUGAGGAGAAAAUCAAAAAUUACGAAAACAACGAAGUUGAAGAGGAAUACAGCGUGGUCAAAGAGCUGUACAAAGAUUUCAAGCAAUCGUAUUCCGACCCGUACGUCUGUAAGCUCUGUUUUUGGUGGGCAGUGGCGAUGGGUGGUUACUUACAAGUGUAUGCGUACAUAAAUGUGCUUUACACAUACGUGUUGGAAGAAAACGAAGAUACCGAGUUUACAUUGUACAACGGCGCGGCGGAAUCUCUAAACACUCUCAUCGGUGCCCUCUCUGCGUUUACUAUAAGCAAAGUAAAGUGGAAUUGGUAUUCCGUUGGCGACAUAUUCUUUGCCAUUGGAUCUAUCAUUGCCGCCAUCGUGUUGUUAUGUUGCGUUUACUGCCGAAACUUGUGGUACAUCUACGCUUUCUACAUAAUUUACGGAAUGAUGUAUCAGACUAUGUUAACCAUUGCCGAAUCCGAAGUUGCUAAGCGAUUAAAUAAAAAAUGUUACGGAUUGAUUUUUGGAUUUAAUACUUUCAUUGCUGUAUGCAUCAAUACCAUUAUUAUAUACGGAGUUAUUCAAGGACAUUUUAUUAAGAUUAACAUAGCACAACAAUUUUUGAUAUACACCGUGCUGUACGUAGUACUUGCGAUAUUCUUUUUCGGUUCAUCCAUUUUGAGAAUGUUCAGAGACGAAGGAAUUGUAGAGUACAACUGAGCCCAAACGAAUCCUAUUAAUGAACUAUAGAUAUUUUCCUUGGAACAAAAGUAAUUUUGUGAACAAAUAGACUUAAUAUGAAUUUGUAUACCAUUAUAACUUAAGGCAACUAAGAAAUGUUAAGUAAACUACUACUUAUUUAAGUAAACUCGCUGUAUAAUUAUUAUGUAUAUGUUAUUUAUGGACAAUUAUCAAUUAUUUAUUUAAAUUAUACAAAGCGAUUCGCCAAAUCUGCUCAAUACUCUCCCCUUUAUUUUUCUUUAAUAGGUAAUGAAUUUAUUCAAGUAUUGAUUUUUGGAAAUUAUUUUUUUAUAAAUAAAUAUUCUAUUUUAAUUAUUAGAUUCUUUUUAUGCAAUUGAAGAGUGUUCAAUGUUGGUACAAACAUUAUUCAAAAGUGAUCCUCCCUUUGUAUUAUUAAGGAGAUGUUUUUUUUUUUUUAAUGUUACCUAAUGUAAAUAAAUUAAAA